UGACAGCAGAGUGGAGAGAAAGUCAAAGAGGGGUAGAAGCCUAAAAGAGAGGAAGCUGGUGAGUUAAAGAAGCAAAAGAUGGGGUUAAAGUAGGAGAAGAAGUUCAUCCAGUGCACCACAACAGCUGACGGAGGAGGAGAGCAACAAGUGUGUGUGUGUGUGUGUGUGUGUGUGUGUGUGUGUGUGUGUGUGUGUGUGUAACUUUAAGUGCUAAGGGAAAAUUGGGUCAGUGAGAGAGUAGAGGGAGAGGAGCAUGUGUUAGAGGAGGAGAGAGAGAGAGGCACACUGAGAGAGGGGGCGACCGACACAGAAAUGGAGAGAAACCCUCAGCAAGCCCUUCAACUACAGUAACAAGUGGUCACUUGAACAAUCACUGGUCACUCAGAGACAAAUCUCUACGGAUCGUAAAUCCACUCCUUUUGUGGUCCUGAUCUCUGAAUGGAGUCGCAGAGGGAGACAGUUGGUUCUAAUGGGCCUUGUAUUACUCAGAGCAAAGGGGGAAAGAUGACCUUUCCCUGCUGUUUAUUUUGGGAAGGCAACAGGAAGAAUGCCUGAGCAGCUGUUCUAUUCCUGCUGGCAGAUCCCCACCCCUGUGAAUUUCAGUCUGCCACUGCAACCACGCUCCCCUUACUCACACGCACGCGGCUAUGGAUGCAUCUGUACACUGUAAAUCACACCUCGUCAGGACUGGUCCAAGUUGUUAUGGCAAUUAUCUCAGCAACAACACUCUAACAAAGCAAAGUUUGAUUGCUAUUUGUUUCCUAUCAGGCAGUUAAUUGGCUCUGCACGUUACAUGGUGUACAUGUCCAACCUGUUGUCUGAUAGUCAGUUGCACCUGUCUGCCAAUAAAAAUCUGUCUCUCCCUGCUCACUAUGCUAUGUAAGCAGUCGAGCAACUCUCUUGUACAACACAAACAGCAGUCUCUCGCCUUCUGAGGCAGACACCUUCACAGUCAUGGCCAGCCUUCCCAAAGAGCCCCCUGAGGAUGCCAAGAAAAAGAGCUUCUGGAUGCCGGGGAAUUACAGUCGCACGGUAACCCGGACGGAGCAGUCCUACCAGGCCUGCAACGACAUCGUGGCGUGCUUCAUGGAGAGAGCAAGGGUGGAGAAACAGUACGCCCAGCAGCUCAGUCAGUGGAGCGGCAAGUGGAAGUCUAUCAUCGAUUCUCGGCCGCUAUACGGCUCCCUCAUGAAGGCGUGGCAGUGUUUCUUCACCUCCACCGAGCGCCUGUCCAACCUCCACUCGUCCAUCUCCCAGUCGCUCGUCGCAGAGGAAGGGGAGCGAGUGAAGACCUGGCAAAAGGAGACCUUCCCAAAGAGGAUCUUCUGUGGGUUCAGAGAGAGCCACGACAACAACACAAGUUUCUCACGGGCCCAGAAACCCUGGUCCAAAAAGCUCCUGAAGCUGGAGAAGGCCCGUGUUGCAUAUCACAAGUCCUGUCAGAGGGAGGCUACGGCGCUCGACAAAGAGAAACAAGUAAAUGAAAACUCUGAGAUGAGUCCGGAGAAGAAGCAGAAAUUCACAGAUGCCAGAGAGAGGACUACAGAGGAGAAAGAAAAGUGUAGAGAGCACUAUGAGAAACUUCUGGAGGAUGUGACGUCAUACACUCCCCGCUACAUGGAGGAGAUGGAAGCCAUCUUUGAGCAGUCACAGGAGGAGGAGAGGAAGAGGAUCAGCUUUUUAAAGCAGGCCUUCCUCUCCAUUCACAGACAUCUUGAUGUCACCAACAACGAGAGUGUGAAGGCUGUGUACAGCGAGCUGCACCAAACCCUGAUGUCCAUCAGUGACCAGGAUGACGCUAAAUGGUGGAAGAACAACCAUGGGCCCGGCAUGCCCACUGACUGGCCCAAGAUUGAGGAAUGGGUCCCACCUGUGAAAAAGCUAAAUAGAAAGAAGAGAGAGCAGAGGAGAAAAGAGAGCCGACCUGUGAUGAUCGGGGGCGUGAAGGUGCGAGCGCUGUACGACUACGUGGGAGAGGAGGGAGAUGAGCUGUCCUUUAAAGCAGGUGAAGUGUUCCUGAAGGUGGAGGAGGAGGACGACCAGGGUUGGUGUCGAGGAGUCCUCACCGGGGGAAAGGAGGGCUUCUACCCCGCGAACUAUGUUGAAGCCGUGGAGUGAUAUCUCACUGUCUAAUAUAUAAUGUGUCCCAAACUUAUUUCUCACAGAGUUAGUUUUCAGAUAUAAAGAUUAAACUAUUGAUAUUAUCUGUUUUCUCUCACAGAGUCAAACAUGUUUCCAGAAAUUAACCUGCAGAUUAUGUCAAAUUUGUUACCUAAGGCUUUAAUAUUCUAACCGUUUGGUUUGAGUACUUCUGCAAUAUAGACAUAACUUAUCGAAGACUAGAUGUAUUGUUUGUGCAGGAGCUGUAUGUGUAAGUGUGUAUGUUUGUUUGCAUGCAUAUGUGCAGGUUAAUACCAAAAAGGAGAAAACAAGAGGAGAUAUUUAUUUACUGCCCUCAUGUCUGAAUCAUCAGGUCGCUGAUCGAGGUUAAUGAGGUUAAGCCAGGCGCAGGUUUACAAUGCACACAUGCUUAAUGUAUACCUAAUAAGUAUUAUGUGAUGUCACUUUGACUGAGGGAGUGGAUUUUCAAAUAAAAGUGUAAUUGUUUUACCUCUA